AUGGCCUUUCCUACUCAAAUCUUCAGCAAUAAAGAAGAAGAGGCACAACGACAAGGUGGAUACGAAGAGGAGGUGGAGAGGGGCACUCCAGUGAAGUACGUCCCACUGUGCGACGUAUACUCCGCCACAUCUCCAUCCUCCAAGAAGGUGAAAGCCAGAAAGCUACCCGAAUUUCACUGUCCCGAUCAUCAUAAAAAGCAUAAAUCAUCAACAUCGCGCAUGGUGAAACCGCCCGUCACUCACUUCUACUCUCGCCGUCGCAAGAGGAACAAACCCUCAUUACUCGAUUCAUCGCGGUCCAAUGCGCAACCUCCUCCAAUUGUUGUAAAAUCGGAGAAUUUUGAGUUCGAAGAAGGUGAAGAAAAGGAAGAAGAUGACCCCAUCCGCCGAUUAAUAAAGGGGAAGAAGAAUAAGAAGAGAAAAAUUCGGAGUAAUGAGCUGAUUAAUUUGGGGGUAGAUUCCAGCAUGUUAAGCCGUCUUAACGGCCCCCGAUUGAGAGAAAACCGGAAUUAUUCCAAUAAUAAUAACAAUUUUGGGCGAAGAAGAAAAUGCGCUGUUACUGAGAACGAACCCCUAAAGGAAAAUUCAGGUUCCAUUCGCACAAAGAGAUGGGUUUGGUUGAGUUUUGACGGUAUUGAUCCCAAGAAAUUUAUCGGGUUGCAAUGCAAGGUUUAUUGGCCAUUGGAUGCUGAUUGGUACAGUGGUCGGAUUGUUGGGUACGAUUUAGCGACUGACCGACAUCAUAUUGAGUAUGAAGAUGGUGACGAAGAAAAGUUGAUUCUAGCGAAUGAAAGAAUUAAAUUUUACUUAGCUGCGGAGGAUAUGCAGCGUUUAAAGUUGAGUUACAGUCUUAAAGGUUCUGAGGCUGAUGGCCUUGCUGUUAAUGAGAUGGUUGCACUGGCUGCUAGUUUGGAUGAUUUCCAUGAGCUUGAGGCUGGGGAUAUCAUCUGGGCGAAAAUAACUGGUACGUCUCUGUGCAUAUAUCCAUAA